AUGAUCGAUAUGGAGUCCGGAGACACAAAGAGCUUUCGUGACUCUGUCAACAAAGCAGAGGUCGAUGCUGCGUAUGGCGUUUAUGAGGACAUUCGAGGUUCCGAGGUGGACAGCGCAGCGCAGAGAUCGUUGUUGUGGAAGAUUGAUCUGCGCUUGAUGCCGUUGAUAUGCAUCACUUACAUGCUGCAAUCGAUUGACAAGACGACACUGGGCUAUGCGGCCGUCUUUGGUGUAAGAGACGAUGCGCACCUCAGCGGCACUGAAUAUUCCUGGCUUGGUGCUCUGUUCUACCUCGGAUACCUUGCUUGGGAGUAUCCAACGGGCUUGCUGCUACAAAAGCUACCGAUCGCCAAGUUCAUGUCUAUCACUGUAAUCCUCUGGGGUAUCGUCUUGAUGUGCCAUGCUGCCGCUUCAGACUUCGCCGGCCUCGCUACCGCACGUACCUUUCUCGGAGUGUUUGAAGCUUCCAUCAAUCCUGGCACGAUGCUUCUGUUCUCAAGGUGGUAUCGUCGAAUCGAACAGCCUCUCCGCAUAGGCAUCUGGGUGCUUGCUGGUAUAGCGUCGUUUGGCAUCGGUCAUAUCGGUGGAGCCCUUCCCAGCUGGAGAUACAUAUUCCUCAUAUGGGGUGCCAUCACAACUCUCUGGGGCAUUGUUAUCUUAUUCUUCCUUCCCGAUAGUCCCGUUAAGGCCAAGUUUCUGUCGGAGGAUGAACGAAAGGCUGCCAUCGAUCGAAUUAAGGAAAACGAGACUGGCAUUGAGAACAAGCAUUGGAAGAAAGAUCAGUUCAUCGAGGCAAUGCUUGACGUAAAGACCUGGCUUCUGUUCGUCUUCGCUGUCACGAGCAACGCCCCCAAUGGAGGGCUGACCAACUUCCAAAGCCUCAUCAUCAAGGGCAUGGGGUUCUCUACGCUCGAGACAACACUAAUUCAAAUGCCGAGCGGUGCCGUACAAUUCUUCGUAUGCACCGGAGCAACAUAUUUUGCCUCUCGCUAUCCCAAUGCACGCCUGGUGGUGAUGCUCAUAUGCCUCAUUCCGUUCCUCGCCGGCACGAUUGGCACCUGGCUGGUCCCGCAAUCUGUCCCGUAUGGUCGGCUCGUAUGUCUCUGGAUCUCGUUCUCCUAUACGGCGACAUGGACAUUGAGUAUGUCCGUUGCUACUGCAAACACCGCUGGACACACAAAGAAAGUCGCCACGAAUGCGAUGCUGCUCAUUGGCUAUUGCCUUGGAAAUUUUGUCGGCCCGUUCUUCUUCGUAACCAAGCAAGCCCCUAGAUACGAACUUGGCGUGGGUAUGAUGUUCUUCUGCAUCGGCAUCCAAGUCCUCAGCAUCGGCGGCCUAUGGGUUCUUCUCUGGAGACGUAAUGUCUCGAGACGGAAGCUGAAUGCUACCAACGACCGUUCCGCUGGAUAUGAACUGGGCUUCCAGGAUGUGACGGACAAGGCGAACAAGUACUUCGAGUAUGUAUAUUGA